AGCGGAGCUGCCGGCGGCCGGGCAGAGCCGGAGAGACACAGAGACACAGAGACACAGACACAGAGACACAGACACAGACAGAGACAGAGACAGACAGGCUGCUGGAGCCAAGCGGAGCCAGUGUCUCAGGAACCGGAGAGUCUGAGGAGCUGGAGCUGAGUCUGAGGAGCUGGCGCUGAGGAGCAGAGUCUGAGGAGCUGGAGCUGAGGAGCUGAGUCUGUGGAGCUGGAGCUGAGUCUGUGGAGCUGGAGCUGAGUCUGAGGAGCUGGAGCUGAGUCUGUGGAGCUGGAGCUGAGUCUGAGGAGCUGGAGCUGAGUCUGAGGAGCUGGAGCAGAGUCUGAGGAGCUGGAGCUGAGUCCGUGGAGCUGGAGCUGAGUCUGUGGAGCUGGAGCUGAGUCUGAGGAGCUGGAGCUGAGUCUGAGGAGCUGGAGCAGAGUCUGAGGAGCUGGAGCAGAGUCUGAGGAGCUGGAGCAGAGUUUGAGGAGCUGGCGCUGCUGAGAAGCUGAGCCAGUGAAAGCAGCACAGACCAAGUAUGGCUGUGAGUGGUGGGAGUAGCAUGAGCUGGGCACGGCCGGGACUGGAGUCUGGGAACAUGCCUGCCUGGAAGCUGGAGGUGCUGGAGAGGAAGCGGGCAAAGAUGGGCAGUCUGCCCCCAGCCAGGGAAGGGUCCCCCAAGAGAGGCCGGUCCCAGGAGCGGGGCCCUACAGAGACUUUGGUGCUGCAGGACAGCCUAGGGCCCCUUCAUGAAAACCCUUUUAUCAAGUUGGAGAAAGAGCGACGGCGCAGGCGGGGCCCCCAGCACUCCCCAGGCAGGAGCCAACGGCAAACCUCUCCUAUUCGGCACUUGCUGGACAUGUACAGCAAUGUACCAGGCAUCAGAACCAUCAGGGCUGAGAACAUCAUCAUCAUCGAGUCUGACCCCGGCUACUUCGGCAGGACCUCCGCAGAGGAGAACACAGGGAUCAAACAUCACCGUGACCCAAUGGAGGAGCUGCUGGCCAAAAGGGGCAGCAAAGUGACAGAGAUUAGAGCCUCUGAGGUGGUCAUUUACGAGCCUGACCCUUCCAUGAAGGUCAAUGAGUCAGUUUCUCUAGGCCAGGAGGACAAUGUUGUGUUGGAAGAGGCUGGCAGGGUGAGCAGACUGCUGGAGAAGUUUGACCAGGGCCACAGUAAACCUGUGCGAACCAGGAGCUGGGAAAAUCUGCUUGAUAGAGACUCUCACCCCUCACACCGUAAGCCCGCCAUGUUGCCAAAGCCUAUUAUCAUUGAGCGGCAAAGCCAAGCACCCGUGAACAAGGCGGCUAAGCGGUCUGGGGAGAUAUCGCCUUCAUCUUCCUCUUUUUUAGAUGAGGACAGUAAACGGUUUCCCUUAAACAAUCCUUCAUGGUUACCUUCCAAACCACCAAUUGUCCACUCUAUCCCUGACCCUGGUUUGUUUCAUAAAAGACCUGCCAGUCCCAUAUCUCCACCUGCAGUAGUUUCACCUGUUUCCACAACCCCUCUGGUGGUAGGUCCACUAUCGCCUCAUUACGAGACCUCCACAGAUGAGAAGAGUGUGUCACCUGUGGUGGCAUCUUUUAUUGAAAAGUUUGAAGUGGGCUCCUCACAAAACAAUUUACCUUUGUCCAAGUUUAUGACUGCGUCCCAGAAGACUGGUAGAAAUACAAUUGUCAUCAACCCAAAAGCCACAUCUUGGAAUUCUACCAGACCUGAAACUAGUGGAAGCCAGGCAAAAGAAAGCCCGACUCUUACGAAUGGUCAUAUUGACCAGUCCAAUGUAAGUGCUAAGGCAGAUGGCUCUGUAAAAAUAGAAGACCUUCUUUCUAAAAGCAGAAGAAGCAGGGGCUACAAGGUAUCUGAGGGAAGUGGGCAAGUGCCAUCUACUGCAAGUGUUUCUUCCAGUGAGCUCUCCCUUGGGGCCAAAAGCUGGGGGCCAAAGUGUGAGGUAGACCAUGCUAGACCAAUUAUUCCCCCUGAAUCCAGUGCCACUAAAUCAGGUUUGUGUUCAUCGUACAACCACUGUGACCCAGCUUCCAGCAGUGCCACUCCAAACCAGCAAAAGAGAGUGUCUGCCUCAACUAGCACCAAUGACUCUUUUGAGAUCAGGCCAGCUCCAAAACCAGACAUGACGAACAUCGGAGAAAAUGACAUCCAGGCUAAGGCACUCGCAAACAUCCGAAUGCAGUCCAAAAACUCUUUUGUUUUUGUUCCAAAGAAGAGGCAGGCCCCUUCUGCACCAAAACAUGAUACUGCCAUGCAGUCUUCGAUCAACAGGCCAAAAGUAAAAAAUAGUGCUUCCAUAUAUAAUGGUCCCAAGCUGGAUUACACCGAUGCUCCUUAUGAAAAUGGCAUCCUGUCAAAUGGAGGUGAAAGUGUUUCGGCCAUAGGGGACAUUUCUAAUCCGGUUGAAAGACUGGAGCAGACUGAGUCACAGAAGGCUUCUACAGUGCCCGCUCUCUACGACUUUGAUUGGAAGAGUGGUCUUUUACCAGCUCACUCUGCCACUGAGGGACACUCAUUCACUGAUGUUGGUGCAGAGUUGGAGUACAUUAGUAGUGUUCAACAUGACAAAAGAAAGGAUGUCUUACCUGUCACUAAAAUACACGAGGGUGUUAUUAAAUCUGAUAUUCCCGUCACAAAUAUUGAUGAUGUAGUCACUAAUGAUGUUGGAGAGCUAAGUCAAGAAAACAAAGCAGACGUGAAAGGAACAGAUUCAUCUGUGCCUUCUUAUCGCCCUCACGCUUCGCUGUCCUCUGUCCGCAAUAAAGUCGGGAAUACGUUCACGGUGGUCCCCAAAAGGAAGCCAAUAACCGAGCAGGAGGCCUUUAGAACACCUGUCAUUGAAGAAGAGGACGAUGAUGAAAGCCGGUCUAAAAGAAAGCCUUCUGAUGGGAAUGAAGCACCUUAUUCUGAACUUGGAGCUUUGCUCAAAAAGCGGUAUCCCACCGUGGAUGAGAUCCAGGUCAUUGGUGGAUACCUCUCACUGUCCAAGUCUUGUCUGUCCAAGAAUGGCUCGACCAGAAAGAAGGUAAAUCAUUGAGAACGGGUUUGUUUGAGGAACAUUCCCGAGAUUUUAGCAACCAGUCUGUAACCAUGGCCCUGGACUGGUCUGAGCAAUUAUUAUUAUUAUUAUUAUUAUUAUUAUUACAGAAAGUCAAACACUUUCCUCUGUGAUGGCCAAUCCCACACAGUGUGCAGGAAGCCAUUCUCAUAUUGACUUUGUGUAGUAUAAUCAGAAGAGUUUUCUUUUCCAUUAGAUUAUUGACUCGUUAAGUUUUUUUUUUUUGUAGAUUAGUGAUAUAAAUGCAGUGAUUGCGAGCCUUUGGCUCCACCUCUUGUGAUCUAUGUGUUUUAUUCAAUAAAUGUUAAAAUUGGGGAGAAAAGACAAAGGAAUGGCAAAAGUUUAAGAAUUUUUCCAGCUCUGAUAUUUUAAAAUUCAAUGUGCGAUUUUUUUUUUUUAUUAUUAUUUUUUUUCUUCUUCUGAUUCCUCCCCAAUUUCUGGUUUACAGAAUAAACCUGUAUUAAACCACAAUUCUAGUCUAAUUCGAGUCUAGUGGCCGGCUGAGGAUAAUGUAAAAUAUUUCUCUACAGGCAGAAUAAUGGAAAGUUCUGUUUUUACUGUGAUCCAUUUUUAUUUUCAUAUCUAUCGCCCAGGUAAAACACAGGUUAAUGACGGCUGUUCAGUCUGACAGUGAAAGGGUUAUUCAAGGAAUGACGACUACACCAGCAGAAAGUAAAGCUCCGACAAUAAUUAAUAGUUAGAGUUAAAGGGAUUUGACUUGAUUCUUGUGGGUUUUUUUUUUUUGGUUUUUUUUUACCCUCGCUAUAUGAAGUCAUUUUAUUGCAAAGUUUUUUGUUUGUUUGUUUGUUUUUAAACACUGAUCGGGUUGUACACACAACUGAGAAUUCAAAAUGAACUAAACAUUUAAGUACAAAUUAGCUGAACAUUUGGAGAUUUAUUUAUUUUUUUUUCCCAGUUUUUGGCUAUUUUGUCCUGAAAUAUGAAAUUCACGUUGAAUAACAAACAUUCCAGGAGAGUGGUUAAUCUCUAAACUGGGGAUUGUAGGAACUGAACUGCAAAACUUAGGCAGAAAUAGCUGACAACUCCACUAUAGUCACGACUUUGUCUGUUUUUAGCACCGAAUUUUCAUUUCAGUUUUGCAUUCACUUGAAUCUGUGUUUAUUAAAACCCCUGUGUAUUUGUAACGGCCCCUACCAUCUCUGCUGGGCGACUGUGCCUUCAUCUACACCUCCUACUAUUUCCUGACACUUCCCCCAGCUAGCGUCCAUUUACAUAAUUUUAGAUUUCGACAAAUUCCUCAAUAUUUGGCUCAUAUCUCAUAGAUUACAUGUUUAUGACUUUUUAUCUGUUUACAUUCAGGUGUAGAAAUCAUCCUUCUAUUUUUCUCCUAUUUAGAUCCAGUUUAUAGUGAUGUCCCGAACGGUUCGCCACGAACGGUUCACCGCGGGCUCAUCAUUGAGUAAACUUUGACCCUGUACCUCACAGUCAGCAGACACAUUCCAGCCAAUCAGCAACAGACCCUGGGAGGGAGGGUCUGCUGAUGAUUGGCUGGAAUGUGUCUGCUGACUGUGAGGUACAGGGUCAAAGUUUACUCAAUGAUGAGUCCGCUGGGAACCGUUCGGGACAUCACUACCAGUUUAUUAAUUACUUGGAAACAUUGUCCUGUAGUGUCCGUUAGCUGUGCAAGGAUCUGCUUCAGAAAUUGCAGUCAAAUCUGGAGUUAUGGGCUUAGCACGAUAGGGGCCUUCCUUGUUUUCCAUACUGCUCAGCCUUUAAGUAGGGUAUUCCAUCCAUAGUGAUGUACAUGAUACGAUAAUGGUUUAAAAAAACAGAAUUCUAGAUUUGGUUUUAAAAAUGUAAAACAAACAAAGAGCUCCAUAUAGUACUGCAAUAGUGUUAUCGUGGGAAUGUGUUCCCCUGCUCUAACCACAAGUGGUGUCAAUGUUUUCACCACAUCCAAUUGAAUGUACUUGUUUCUCCUCCUGUGGUUUAUUGGAACCUAAAAGAAGCAUAUUCAGCUGUGAUCCCCAGUUUUACAUUAGUCUGUUCAGGCCGUACACUGUGCCGGCUAUACAGAGCGCUGGGGAUUCUUCUUGUGCUGUUCACAGAUCCUGUUUGUGGCCCCAUUAAUGUGGUUUCCUCUGUAAACAGCCAGGUUUCGGGUGAGCGCUAUGGGUAUGCAGAGCCUGUGGCCUGCCCUGCCCUUCUAUGCUGGAACAAAGUGUUCUGCAUUUAUAGUGCUCCCUGGCUGGGACCGGCGUUACGAUGCUGGGUGUGUGGGGAGUGCAGGGUCUUAUGCCAGUCUGGAGCUCUCGUGGCUGGCCAGGUAUUGUGGCCUUAAGUUGUCACUUAGUGCUCAAUGGCCACAUGUUCAGUUUUUCCACUAUAUAUUUAGAGUACUGUGAAUGCUCCAUGCUGGCUGAGAAUCUUGGGGUGUGAAGUGAGACCUUUAGCCUUGCUUUCCAUGGUCCUGCAAGCUCACUUGUCAUUCCAUGGUUAUCGGAGGAGUACGUUCCUGAGCCCACAUAAUAUUCACCUACUAUACAAACCGGACAUGAUGGGCCUUUAUAUAACUAACGGUAUCUGCUCUGUACAUGUCUGAUGUGCGUGUGUCUGUCUCUAUCAUGGUGCGUAUGUCUGUCUCUGUAAUGGUGCGUGUGUCUGUCUCUGUAAUGGUAUGUGUGUUUCCGUUUAGGUGGCCAGACCCUUUCCGUUCACAAGUGAAUGGUAUUUUUAUUCACCUUUUUUUCCCCAUGCUGUGCUGAUCUCCCCUCGACUGCCCUGCCUCUAUGGUUGAGAUUAUCAAACUUGAUGAUCUCAGCCAAUCCUAAAUUUUCCCAUAGGAUUAGCUGCAAAACACUGCACCAGUCAGCAUCUCCUCAUAGAUAUGCAUUGAAUCAAUGCAUCUCUAUGGGGAGCGUUCAGCGCACACUGUGCAGCACUGACACAGGAAGCACCUCUGUUGCCUGUCUGAGUGACGGUCACUAGAGGUGUCACUAGUAAGCAAUGUAAACACUGCCUUUUCUCUGAAAAGGCAGUGUUUACAUUAAAAAGUCUGCAGGGACAAGCUGUAGACACCAGAACCACUACAUUAAGCUGUAGAGGUCCUGGUGACUAUAGUGUCCCUUUAAGAAUUGUAUUUUUGUUGUUGAAUAUAAAGCUUUGUAAGUCUUAAAAAAAAAAAAAAAAAUCUGGCUCCUAACUUUUUUAGCUGGCUUGUAGAUUUAAAGUAAAUUUUUCAAGACUUUGUUUAACAUAUGAAUGUGUGUCAAUGGACACUCCACUGUAUGAUCUACUGGUAUCUGGAGAUACUGCUUUCUGCACAUUGGAUUGAAUGCUGACAUGUGUAUAAUUAAGGUGGUAAUUAGAGCAAUGCAUUAUUGGAAUAUGCAUAUCUACACAUCCUCUCGGCCUAGUGAUAUAAGUUGACGUUGUCUGCGUCAUGUGACUUAUAGCUCUUAUUUAUACUCCAGAAUCCAAGGUUCAGCCAACGAUAAGACGUACUCUAUACUUCCUGUUGUCUGUAUAAUAUUAUAGUUAUACUCUCCCUGAAAUUCUCCAGAUACCCACCACCCCCAGCCAUAAUAGUUCAGCUGUAUAAAAUUGUUCAGAUUUGCACUGUGAAUGCGGUGUAUACGCCUGAAACACUCUGAAACUGCGCAGCGACUGCAAAGUCCAAAUGUCGGGACGCGGAGAAAUGUCUUGCGCUCCCUGUAAACUGUGACUGAUUAAUGUGUUCAUAACCAGAACAAGUAUAUCGGCUACGGAGGGGGACAGACUGGACAAAAAUUACCUGUGUUAAUCAUGAACACCGCAUCACCCAUUCUGUGUUAAUAAUUUCUAAAAUGGUUCAUUAAUUUUUUUUUUAUUAUAACUGGACAUUUGCACGUCUGUUGUGAUGACUUAUCAUUUCCACGCGUGCGUCUGACCCCUUCACAGCCAGCAAUCCAGGGGUUAUGCUUAAAUAAAGGAAUUGUGGUACCCUCCGGUACAGUUUAAAAUCAGGGGUUUAUUCACUAAACAGCAAAUUGUCACAUAUUGAAAACUAAACAGCUAAAUGUAGCCUUACAUCGUCAAGCUGUGACUAUAGCUAGGUUGAUGAAUGCACUCAAAUCUUCCAUGUUACCUUACACUUUGUUAUUCCCCUGUUUGUUACAAUUAGGAUUGAUGCUUUCUGCAGUUGGGUUCGUUGGCCCCUGGGGACAGCUCUCUCCCAGUACAGGCCUCGACACGCAGAGCGCAGCUCGUUGGAUGGACUGCGCCUUUUUAUGUUCAGUUGGAGAACUUUAUUUUGUGUGACUUGUUGUUGCCUAACUGGGUGUACAUCCAGGAACCAGCAUCACUUGGGAAUAGUGGUGACUCCCAUAGCUGGGGUGACGCCUGUGGUUUUAUAUAAAGUGAAUCUUUAAUGCUUUCUGCAAAUUAAAUCUUCAUGUUGUGGGGGGGGUUUAGCAAUAUAGGAAGAGGAAGGAACUGAUGCCAAACUCUGAGAGACGGGCGUGUGUAGUAUCUGACGAAUAUGUUCUGUUUUAAAUGUGCUCUUUUUUGUGUUCUUUAAUCAGUGCAUGAGAUGUAGGGAACAUAUUGCAUUUUGAGCUCAAGCAGGAUGAUGUAGUGAUUGGCUUGUGACUAUGACUUGCCCGCUUUUUGUCAAAAGUCUGUUUUUGUUUUUUUAGACCUGCAUUUUCAACCAGCACGAUACAAGUCACUGUUUAGUAAAUAAGCCCCAGUUUCACGCUGGCUCAGAUCAGUCAUUUCUUCUUUCCAUUCACCCCUAAAUCUUGGACCAAUUUUGGCUUCUCUGGGCCUUGUUGGUGUGCUUCAGCCUACAUUCUCCUUGCAGCCCUUAGGGUGACGUGGGAAUUUGCAUUUCGUAAAAUGUCAGCUGCUCAGUCACUGGUUCCUCCGCCUGAUUAAUGGCUGGGUCUAUCAACCUGGGACUGCAGACAAGGCCGGGGACACUUUAUUAUCUACAUCCGCGUUCAGCUGGGAGCUUGUGAUUAUAAAUUGUGUAGGUUAUCCCAUAACAAGUAAACUAAACAGGUUCUGAAUACAUCAGCUGUUUACGUAGUCUUGUAAAUGUCACACAAACACCACUUUGUGAUAAUUUAUUAAUCUGAACAUUGUGCAGCCAAAGUUAUUGCAAAUUGAAUUAUUGAGAAUUGUGCAAUGCUGCCCGUACUUGGGCAAACGUGACUCUCUGUAAUAGCGAGUGAGUGCCCCCACCGCAUUCCUUUUUUAUAGAGGACAAAGCAAGAUCUUCAUUUCCAGUGACCACGUAUAUAUCAAAGUUUAAUAAAGCCUGCCGUGGAUCAUCGGGCGGAUUGGUGUGAUUGGGGUCCAUAAUAUGUGUCAUUCUGAUUUCCACAGGAAGCAGGUGGAAGGCUCAGAGUGCAAAUGUAUGACCUCAUUGUAACUUCCUCUCUUACACCAGAUGGGGAAGAUUCAGGCACAGAGAUUUACCCUUCAAGUGCUGGGUGUUUGCUUUGCAAUGCGUUGGCAUGUAAGGUGUUGGAACAAUAAUGCCAACCAGUUGGAUUUGUACGCACGCCAGUAAGAAGUUGGAAUUUUGCUCCAAUCCCGUGUGGGUGAAAUGGAUUCCACGUUUGCUGUGCUUGUCACAGUGUGCAGUUAACCCAUACACAGAGUGCUUUUAUAGCUCACAAUUUAAGGACAUGUCUAUGGAAAUCAGGGCUCGGCUCCCCUUUCCAUUGGUAAUUAUGGAGAGUUAUGGCAGAGAAUGCUUCAUUCACUUUAAUUUGAACUGCAAUUACGUAGCGUCACGCGUGUGUCCAUUGAGUGGCAGCCAUGCUUUAUAUUUGGUUCACGUAGAAUCCAGGGGCAUGGUACCUGGUAGCAGGAUGCUCCCUUGGCGCUCACACUGGAGGGAUUCAGGUGUCUGGCUAUCUAUCUAACGUUAGAGCAAGCCGGGAUGGAGCUGUGUGAAGGGCUAUUCGAAUCCCAUAUUUCGUCUUCACAUUCUUACACUCCUUGUUAUAUAAAAUAUCAGCCGGUUAUCCAGAAUGUGACUGCGAGUGAGAGGAGUAGUGACAUGGGAUAGGACACACACUCGCUCUUGUUUGGAUUCUUUGCAAGGGAAACACAAUUAACCUGUUUAUUCAUAGAAGGUGAGCAAUGCCAAUAGAUGGCUGCAGUAUUAGACCUUGGAAUAUAGAAUAUCUGUAUCGCCCACCCCGUGGGCCCCUCGCUGUAACCCAUCAGGUAAUGCCGAAGAGACGAUAACCUGUACUGAGCUUGGUCACGCGUGUAUCUAUGUGUGUGUUAAAUCUACAUUGCAAUGAGUGAUGUAAUUUCUUUAUAACGACCUCUGUUAGAGGUGAUUAAUAUCUUCAUUCUGAAACCGACCGUUCAUUUAAAUCCAGGAUCUCAAACGCUGGCCCUUUACAUGUUGAUGGACUACUACUUCCAAAAUUCCUUGAAUGCAUUGAAUAGCCAGAAAAUCAUGGAAGUUGCAGUUAAAUGUGGGAUGAGUGGAGGUGCGUUACAAGCCUUGGAGGGAGGGCUGGGAGGGUGGUAAAGGUUUAUGGACACUGUAGGUGUACUGCUUGGGUUAAUGAGGAAGCAUUAACGUAAGCAGCAGUGGGUGGCUGGGAUUGGCUCAGAGUGUCAGCUGACUGCUUUCAGCCUAUCACAGCAUCCAUUGCUGGUAUGAAUUGAUAUGGCUAGAAGGACAUGUGUAAUCUCUGCCUUAGCCGCACCUCCAGUGGGGGUGGAGCUAUGGGAAGCCAGGCACCCACUUUCAGUGUUAAACUGCUCGAAAAUGGUUUAAUACUGGAUGGCUGGACAGCACCAGGAGACUCCAGACACUAAAACCACUUCAAUGAGAUGGUUGUCGUGCCUACACUGUGCCUUUCAUAAUAAUACAUACAAAAUAAUAGGUGGAGCUGUAAAAUCUUGAGUAGUCUGUAAAACACAAAUAAAAUGCAAAAUAGCGUAGUAUGUCUGUAACUGACGAUAAAACAAAAGUAAGAAGUAAUAGAACUCACAAGGCUGGAGUCAUACCAUCAUAUGACUCUAGAGGUAUACGUCUCUGGACCAUUGGGGGUUGUCCAGACCCUUCUGUUGUCAGCUUCUUGGUCUUCCACCUUAUGUUUCUUAAUAGGUCCCCAAGGAAUACUUUAUAUACAGGUAAUCCUGUUCAACAGGCUUCCUCAGUUGGCUGUAGUCUGGACAACCCCCAAUAGUCCAGAGACGUAUACCUCUAGAGUCAUAUGAUGGUAUGACUCCAGCCUUGUGAGUUCUAUUACUUCUUACUUUGGUUUUAUCGUCAGUUACAGACAUACUACGCUAUUUUGCAUUUUAUUUGUGUUUUACAGACUACUCAAGAUUUUACAGCUCCACCUAUUAUUUUGUAUGUAUUAUUAUGUGUUUUUAGUGGUGUAGGGGAUUCCACUAUAUAGGUGUUUUAGAGCUACCAUAUCUACUUUCUUCUCCUGUGUACAUUCUCUUUUGUAUUAUUGUGCCUUUCAUAAUAGCCUAAUAAUUCUUUCCUCAUGUGGAGUGUGAAAAGGUAAUUGUGGGAUAUGCAAAUAUGUGUUUAUUCAACCACCUGUGAGGAGAUGGGCAGUCCACUUUAUCUUCUAGAUCAAAAAAGCAGACUAGUAAGAAUGGUUAAUGACUCAAAAAUCUGCUUAACCUGAAUCCCAAUUACUGGGACUUUUUGUUCCAUGAAAAAUCCCGGGGCACCUCUGGCUAUGCAUAGCUCAUGGAAUGCUAGGCUACUGCAUUGCGGCGCCAGCAUGCUCCCCUGAAAUGAAUCUCUAUUUAAACCAACCCCUGUAAGGUCAGGAAACCUGGUGGAACAUGAGCGCAGGGAGCCGUUGGCCUGGAAGCCAUUGCUGAUUGUUCCAUGUUUAGUUGAUUUGUUAAGCACUGUGCGCAGCCUGCGGAUAUGGUGAUGGUGGAGGUCUGCCAGUGGCCUCCAUUUAUCUUUUGCUGUGAAUUCCUCUUGUUGUCAGAGUACGAGCUGAAUGUGAGAAACACUUGUGCCUCCCUGAAGUAGGCCAGGCUCGUGUAAGCUCGACAUGCUACCUGCAUGGCUGGGGAUCGGCUUUCACUGAUGGCAGAUUGUCAUCGGCAGUGAAAAUGCCGUGCUGCAGGCAAUGCUCGAACCAGAUCUGGUUUCUUUGCUCCCUGGAGUGGGCGAGGCAACUCUUAUAGAGAAGUGAAAACAGCAGCAACAUCAAUAGACAGCAUUGAAAGUACAGGUGUCGGGUGUAUGGAUAAAUGCAUCCAUUCCUCAUUGAUGACGAGGAAGGGACAAGCUGGCUGAAUGACAGUGUCAGCCGUCACCUGCCAUUUACCUGCCCAGAGCAGCAGUAGAGGAAUCAUGGCGGCGGGCAGCAGGGACGAGUACCUGAUGGAAUCUAUAAAGAUACAAUUUAAUAUUUCUGUUGAUCAGCGUUCCUGGUCAAGCAUCAUGUCAGCCUGCAGACCUUGUAGGCCAAAGCCCCUGGCUGUGAUUGAUGUGAGUGGAAGAGGUGUGUGCAGUACCAUGCACAGCCGGCUUCUUGCUGGGAUUACUCCUUCAGAUAGACCUAAAUAACCAUCCGCUUAUAACAUGUGGGUUACAGUGCGGUUGGGAUCGAGUGCUACACAGGUUUUGGGAACAAUUGUCUUUUCCGUAUCUGCGUCAAACUGCCCUUUUAUUACCCUAACCUGCAAUGGGAGCGUUGUAGGGAUUGGCAGGUAUCGCGCACUCCAGAGAAGACGUGAUUGAAGUGAAAUGAAAGGAGUGUUUUUUUUUUUCUUCUAUUGGAAUUGCUUGUAAUAAAGGCACAUUCCAUACAUUUAUAGGUAUAUAUGAUAAUCACUUCCUUAUAACCCUGUUGGUGAACCUGUGUUGCAGAACGUGACCUGCAGAUAUACCGCACUCCUCUCCUGCUACCACCAAUAAUAUACAUUCUUUACGUUACCCCAUAAUUAAUAAUAGGGACCACUUUUCCUUGGGUGUAGGCUGCUGGUUGACAAACGGUGGAGCUUUGGUCGAGCUCCAUAGCCUUUGUCAACUGUUGUCAUCGAUGGUCAAGUUUUUACCUCCUUCCAGCCUUGCGUCAUUGACGGUCUGUCUGGAUUCUAAGUGUACCGGCAUGUGAUUUCUCUUAGGAGGGCAGUGGCAGCGAUUCGCAGCGGCCGCCAUCUUGGAAACUCUGAGAUAGCGACAUUGUAAAAGACUCGGCUGGACCAGUACAACUGAAAAAAGUAACACCAGUCCAGGGGCUACUAACCUUUGGGGUAUUUGUGAUAUGGGGGUUGGAGGGGGCUAGAGAAAUUGAUACAGACUGGGGAUGGGAAGUAAUUUGAAUACAGAGCCACUUUAACUGUACACUUGAGCCAUUCAGGCUCUUGUGAUGGUGUUUGCAAUGUUACUGUGGGGGUAGAAUUCCCAUGCUCUCUCCAAAUAAAUGCAUCCCUCCUCCCUUGGAGAUGUUUCACAUGAUUUGCUUGAAUCAGUACCUAUUUCUUAUUGACUUAUUUGCCACUUGUGUCACCAUUUCAUUUACCCAAAACCUUUGACAUACUCGUUUUUCGAUUGUCACAAACCUCUCGGCGGCCCUGCCUGUGAACAACCUGUUAUAAUACCAUUUUUAGAAAGCGAGUCUCUUAAACUCUUUAAAUUGUAACAGGAUUAGAUAAUGUCCUGUCCAUGCUCAGCAGCUGCGUUAACCAGUUAGUCUGAUAAUACUCUGCGGGACGGUAAUUGUCUUGGGAUCUAGAAAUAGAUCUUUGCUAGCAAAGCCUCUCGUAUUAGUGUAGCAGUUUAUCACUUUUCAGAGAUUUUCCACCUGUUUGGGAGCAAUAGAUGGGGUUUCUCUUUUAAUAUAGGGCAGGUGUGCAAAGAGAGAUGAAAUAUCUGGAAAUAAGGAUUGACGGAAUGCCUGGUAGUGUUUGCUUUCCUUUUGUUAACACUAUACCUUUUGUCACGGCAUGUUGGUUAAAAAGCUAAUUUAAACUGAUCACGUAUGAGAUUAAUAUUUUGCUAUAAAAAAGGGUAAAAGACCGUUUUUAAUUAUCCGUUCUGACCCUCCCAAAGAAGAAACUGGUAAAGGUUGAACUUGGUGAACCCCAGUGUUGUGGGUCCCUCCAUCUCGGUCUGGUGUGGACUUGGUUCUGAUGUCCGUCAGUGAAUAACGAGUGGCGGAACCAGGACCUUUUUUUUUUUUUUUUUACAGCCUGGUCUGCUUUUCGUGUAGGGAACAAUCAGUGCCCCAGACCACCCUGACCCCAUAAAUCCUGGAAUGUUUGGUACUCACUGGGUUCUCAUCAGGAGUUUGUUCUAUAAAUGGCUAUAUAGACAAGAUGUCAACAGGUACCCAGACAGCUGUUUGUGUGAUACCCCUGAUGGGGUCUUUCUCCUAUAACCCCCUGCCCAAUAUGAUGUGCUGCCUUCAUAGUGUGUCUGUAAAGGCUUUCUAUGAAUUCUUCACUGCAUGUUACUGCUACAAUGUGUGGCUGCUAUACCUGUAACAAGGUGUGCUACACUCCGUCCACCUUUACUUCCUUGUAACCAGGGCUGGGUGUAUGUUAAAGCUUGUCAGGCCAUGUUCUCUUUAUAGCAGCAAUAAGCUGCUUGUGUUUCCUCCUUAGAUUACACAGAAGUAGUGUACCAGUUCUGCCUCCCACGUCACCCCCGAUCCAGCAUCAGAUUAGUGCAUUCCUUGAGAUGUAAAGCUGCAGGGUAGUGUUCUCCAAAACAACGGUAAAACUGGAUGCCAGCCAGCCAAAUCCUUUAAUAGGCUAUUACUGGGGCUAGAGUCCAACAUUCGUUUGGCUAUUGCAGCGCUCUAUCUCUCGAUCAGUCCAUGUUUAUACAGGAACGCCAGUUUAUAGCCUCUGCGAUUGCGUUCUGCGUAAUAAACUGGGAUAUUGGAGCUAAAUAUAGACCUAUAAUUGUAUGAGCUGCUGGGAAACCAUUCAGCAAUGUAAGGGUUAAAUAGAUAAAACUCAGGUCCGCGCGGGGUGUGUUUGGCAGCCCAGGUAUUUUGUAUUUACAGAUUAUGUUUAUUUCAAAGUCUUAACAAGACGACCUGAGCUCAGGAUUAUAUGAGGCACUGUGUGAUAUUUGUACCUCUUUUAUUCCUAUCCUGUAUAUAUCAUCAGUCCUUAUUUAACGGUAUCAUAGUAUGCGCUAAAUUCUGCAUUUACCACCUUUUUAUUCCUAUCCUGUAUUUAUCAUCAGUCCUUAUUUAACGGAAUCAUAUUAUGCGCUAAACUCUGAAUGUACCCCCUUAUUCCUAUCCUGUAUAUAUCUCAUUAUAUAAUGAUUCCUUAUUUAAUGGUAUCAUAGAAUGCGCUAAGCUCUGAAUGUACCCCUUUUAUUCCUAUCCUGUGUGUGUGUGUGUGUACCUCUCUCUCUCCCUCUCUCCCUCCCCAACAAUAUGUAUAGAUGUGGUACCCAAGUAGCCAUGUUGGAUUUGUCAAUGUAUGGAGCCAUCGGAGAUCGAUAUUCUGUAUAUCUGUUUAUAUGGUACUCUGUGAUAUGAAUUAAAAGCAUCAUGUGCCAAUACUGUGUGUUCCAGCUCACAGAUUGUUUGCUGCGGUUGACCAGGUUCACACUGUGCCACGGGCUGGGUUACAGUGUUCUAAGAUUGUCCCGUUCUGUGUCGGUAAAACUCCUUUUAUUUGUUGACAUUUAGCAGAAGCCUGUGCAUUGAUCCUGGGAUCGGCGUGGCAUUCGGUGCGCACAGUGUAGCUAGUGACAUCACACAUAUUGGUCAUUUCAGGUAGAGCAGACAGAACUAUAUGCUUCUCCCCAUUAGCUUUCUGUAACUGUGUUAUCACUAUUGCUCCCUGAGGAGUGAUUCCCAUAGGAAUGCAUUGAAAACCAAUUAAUCCGUUCUGGAGGUCAGAAAGAAGUCAAAAUGAGCUGGCAUGGAAACCAACCCCCAAUGCAGAACACACAAUAAAAGGCACGCAAACAAUGAAGCUCAGCUCCCUACUUUUCCACUGCUUGAGAAAUGCACCCAAAAGUCCCAAAACAACUGAAAACAAUUUGCAGAAUGGCUCCAAAACUCGAUGCAAAAGGCCGCACCAAUACCUCCACACUCGACGCCACGUGCUACCCACAGGCUCCAGCAUGCAGGGGUCGGUGCUAUAAAACUCCCAGGUGCAAUGCAUCCUGGGGAAACUUGAUUUGUAUUGGGAAAAUUAUUUGUAAACCGAGGCAUUAUUUUCAAUGGAUUUUCAUUUGUAAACCGAAAAUUAUGUUAACCGAGUCGUUUGUAAACCGAGGUCCCACUGUACUCAUAGUCUGCUCUGUCAGUUUGGCUCUUUCGGCCUGAAUUUUACAAUUUGUUUUUCAAUUCAUACACCUCACUGAGCAGUAAAUAAAUCCUUUAGUUUAAACCCGUGUUAUUGUGAGCUGGGGGUUUAUGGACAAAAGGGCCGCGAUCCGAUACCCAGGAAAAACCCUGUACAAUGAGUUCCAGGAAGAGCCAGAAUGGGGGGGGGAACCGCACUGGAUUUCUAGCUCAAUCAGAUGACAUAUGUAAAACAAGGUAGAGAACACUUUGUCUCACGUUGGUGCUGAUUGUCGUCAAAGUUUGAUAAUUUGGCUGGCUUCACGCUGCUGUUAUGAGUAACAUCUGAUUGCAAUGUGCGUCUUCUUAUACAAUGCUCUGUAGAUGUCUGUGGUAUAUCAAUGCACGUUUGCGAGGUAAUUCAUAGAUAACUGCGCAGCGUCCUCCGUGGGGCCCCACUUUGUACUCUUGCACAUGUUUGAGUGUGACAACAGCGACACGGACUCUUGCUGAAGGAAGCUGCGACCAGAUGAAAAUUUCGCCAAAUUGAAAGGCUGCAACAUAGGGAGAGAAGUUCAGGUAAAUACCUCUCCCUCGGACACCUUGCGGUGUUUUGCAAAAAGUUAGUUACAUUUUAAUUCUAAAGAUUCAGGCUUUUAUGCUCUUUGCCUGUAAUGUAUUGAUCUGAAUUACCAUGCCACUUGUUAGAACAUGGCUGCACUCUUAUUCUUCCCACAGUGCACGACUCAAUCCCAGAAUGCUGUGUGCACAUCUCAUCGCGCAGGCGCAGACGUCGUAAAGUUUGACACGUUUGUUAUGUUUGUUGCGGCACUAGGGCCAUGUAUAGACCGCAUGGUUACUCCUAGCAGACAUUGCUGUUUACGUAUAUGGACUGAUCGAGCAGUCACUCUAGAAGUGUGAGCUUAUCUGACAAGAUGCUUCGAGUCCUGUGUCCGCAGUUAUUGGUGAAAUAAUGGAAUAUUUUGACGCGCUCCAUUGGUAGUGACAUUGUAUGUGAUCGUAUGUUCAAAGUUUGGCAAUCUGCAAUAGAGACACGCGCAGCCUUGGUAUUACAGAAGCUCACCCAUUGCACAGGCAGGGCGACAUGCUCACUACUCUAAGUCUUGUUUAUUUUAAACCGUGAAGAUGUUUUGACAAGGAAUUAACCUGUAUUGCUUCAGGGAACAUCUGGAAUUGCGAUACCAUCUAGUGUGAUCUAAAUAAUGCCGGAUGUGUCUUCAUGCUAACACUGUGAACAAAGUGUCCCUCUUACCUUGGAGAUGGGGUAGAGAUCAUUCUAAAACACCUGUUACAGAGGUUAAAUUGCUGCUGAAAGUAGCAGGAUGUAUAAAUUGAAGAAAUAUGAUGGAAUUUGUACAAUCUACAUAUAUAUUCCAUUAAAUUCAUUCUGUAACUUGCCAUUUGUGGACAGUGUGUGUCUCAUCAGUCUGUGGGGUGACAUGCGGGGGGACACUCUGUGAAUGGAUUACGUACAAGGUGUGUUACAAUGGGUUAGGUGUGGGUCCUAUUAAUAUCCCAAACGAACAAUUGUCAAACACAGUCACACCUGCCGGUGUCUAGCUGUAGUAAGUGUGAGUAUGACUGUGUAUCUAUUAAGCUUUUAUUUAGAUUUCCUGAAGAAUUGGAAUUAGCAGCUAAAACGGCGAUUUCAAAUAAACCUGGUCCUAGGGUAUAUCUCAGUUUUUAUUGGAUUUAUAUAUUUUAAAUAUCUAUGUUAAUCUUUGCUCCAUUGCUGCUGCAGGAAGUUAAUCUUGGCUGCAGAUCUGUGCACAGUAUUCCUGCAUCGGCAGCAUGGUGGCCAUGUCACAGUAUGGAGUCCGGCCAGCCUCGACUUGGGAAGAAUAGCAUGUGCAUUCCUGUCAUUCCAUAAAUAUUCAGAGAGCUUAAUGGGUCCGCAGGACGGCCCGUCUAAUGGAGAACAUGCUGGCUGCAGAGUGCGCCAUGUUCCUGGUGUCCUGGUUUUAUAGUAUCCGUUUUAUAUAUGGUGAUGUGUGCCACCAUUAAAUAUCUGUGCUAGUUACCCUCCCUGGAAGGUGCUUGGAAUUCUGGGAAAUGUCAGCUAAUUUGCAAUAAAUGCCCUCUCUCUGCCUUUUUUAUCUAUCAAGCCAAGUCGUAGCUAGUUUAAUUUCUCAGAUUCUGGCAUAACUUCAUCCAAAGCGGAUCUGCUUUUAAAUGCAUUUAAUUCUACCUUUCUCGGCUUGUUGUACAUUCACACUGCCAGAUAAAAUGGCACGUGUUGGUUAAUUGAUAAGUUGGGGUGAAAGGUCACUCUCCCAGACUGUACUCCUUGGAAAUGAGACAUUCUGCCUUAACUUAAUAAUUCAGCACACUUCCCUCCUGGGGCUUGUGGGGGCACACGCUGUUUGCCUGCUUUGAGGUUGAGGGGGAUGUGUGUAACCCAUUCAGUGCCUGGAGGCUGGGCAGCAUCUGUGGUGUAACCUGGCGUAAUCACGGACAGCCACGCAGUGUGCAUGAUGCAGCCUUGUAUCAAAAUUACCACCUAGCUUUUGGCUGAUCCCCACGGAAUCCGAUACUGGUGGCCGUGUUCUCCAUUUUAUGUCUAUGUUCUAAUUACUAUAGACCGGUGUACCACCGGCUGUAAAUAAUCGCAGGUUUGUGGCCAUAUAUUUUGAGUCCAGGAUUCUGUUCUAUGCCGUGGCAUUCAUGUGGCUCCAGUAUGGAGUCUGUGGAGCAAUGCCUAGCUCACCCAGUAUUUGUUUUAGAAAAACUCACAUGUUAAAUGUUUGUAUUAUGAGCCCCUCUCCUGCUCUCUGUAUUACUGUUUUCUGUAUACUGAACUGGGGCCUGUGAGUCUGGAAGGCUGAUUGUGUUAGAUAUGCCUGUGUGUUGAUGGGUAAAUAUUGACCUUCUCCUGCUCGCCUUCAUUGCUGGCAUAGAGCUGCUUUUAUAUAAAAUCUGUAUUGUGAUAUCUCUGGAUUUAAUGCCAGGUUGGAAAUGCCCUCUCUCUUAACACCCUGACUUUAAUGGCAAGUUUGACUUCCAGCAGAACUAUGCAGGGAGCUCAUUAGCUGUAGAUACCUUUUUAUUGUAUUCACUUUAUAAUGACAAGAACUCUGCAGCCCUGCUGCGUCUUUUGACGCCAAGCUCUGCAGCCCUGCUGCGUCUUUUGACGCCAAGCUCUGCAGCCCUGCUGCGUCUUGUCACAUUGAUGUCUGCCCUUGUAUAACGAGUGAACGCUGAAUUCAGCAGAAUUUGUGCAGUCUUUAGAUCCUGACCAGGUCUAAUGCAUGUAGCGGAGCGGCAAUAUUAAAUCCCACGAACUCCGCUGGUAAAGAAGGUAAUCCACAGUCAAGCGCUGAAAAGUAAGGCAAUAUCCCAAAUCCCCCAGUUACCGGACGAAACACAGUUCUGGGAAUCAACUGAGGUCUUUAUUCACAGCUCCAGUAUUUAUGCAAGUACCCAUGCAAGGGGUUUCCCUACUGACAUUGCAGGGGUAAUACAGUAGGGGACUACAUGGGGGACUUAACAUUCUGGGCAUUUCUCCCAUUAGGCACUGCUGCACGAGAGGGAUACUCCCACUGGAAUAUACCGUUAAGUGGAUUAUCCCUCCGUGCAGCAGAACCGACAAUUCACUUUUAAAUACAUAACCUUUGUAAUACUUAGUCUAUUUAAACGAAUGGACGUUCGGUAGAUAGCUGGGGUCUGAGUGCACAGUUCGUGAGAAUACCAUUCAGAUCCCAGCUAAAACAACCGAACGCCGCAUGAAAUACACUUUGCCAUUGAGUUCGCCCCAAAGUACCGAACCCCGAUGGGGGAACCCUAAUGGCGAAAGACCGGAGCUCCCGAACGGCCUGGAAGUCCAGCGGUGUUCGCGCCGUCGAGUAGCAGUUUUCAGUUCCAUGCGCUUGACGACCAAACACCGCUGGGGAGACAAAGGAUCCAAGAUGGCCGACCACCGCGUGGUCGGUAGCCGAACGACGGCCACCUAGGAGUGUUGCAAUCAGUUAACAAGCGCCACACGUCCCUUAGUGUGUGGGCUAUUAAACGAUAGUUCAUUCGGUUCACGAACAGCCCGCAAAGGCGCUGUUCGUGAAACGAAAUACAGUAAGGCUAUCUGCUUUCAGCAGAUAGCUGACAAGAUCAAUGAAACAUACAGUGAAGGAAGUCAAUUACAGCCAGGCACAUAUUAUAGCAGAAUAAAGACACAGGCAACUUUUCCCCACAUAUUGUCCAAGAUAGUCCCAGUGGCUAGUUUUGCCACAAUGCUUUUAGGAGCUAAUUCUGUUUGUAUUUUCAGCCUUGGGGUGAGCUCUGGUUAGUGCAUGGUUUCUGUAGAAUGCAGAGAUUCUUCUUUAGAGAUCAUAGCUGGUUAUUUACAGACCUAACCCACAUGCUGCUAGGUCUAUUCUGGCAAUGGAUUUAGCCCACUGGAUGAGACCGGUAUGUCCAGUUUUAUUGAGGAAAAAAAAAAGGCCCCAAGGCGUGACCCUCCCCAAAUCACUUUCAUUGAAAUCUGUUUGUGAGUCACCUGUUUAUAUUUAUCUAUAUUUAUGUCCCGUAGCUGUCACCUUCAGCUGUGACGGAGGUAUUGUUGCAUUCCGAGUUUAAAGCGUGGCGAUUUCCUGUAAGCCUGAUGUCAUCUAUCGGCGUAUUUGGUGUAAUGGCACCUGCAGUGAGGGGGUGGUGUGCUGCGCCCUGUGUUUCUGUGCUGAUAUCCGUAUUGCUGUAUUUCAGUCACCGCACUAAUUGUCACUGCCAAUCACGAACCAUCAAAUGCACACAUGUAAGAAAUCUGCCAUUAGUAACUUUCUCAAUAAAAUAAAUUUAAAGGAACUAUAUUUUGUAUACAUUUGGUAGAACCACUGCUUAGAAAUGCAUGUUCUGUAUGUGCCCCCGAUUCCAAAAUUUUUUCUUAACUUCCGUAGCACCAGCACCACAUAAUCCAGUCUGACUACACAUUGUUUCAGCCGUCCAGAAGCUAUUUUUUUUCCCACAUAUGAAAUAGACGUUUUCUAAUGCGGACUUCCUUUGGAUAUAAUGGACAUUUUUUUUUAAGACUCCCAAAGAACAGAACUCUGAAUGUUGGACUAGAUGCAAACCUUCUUACUGUGGCUCCCAUGAACAACACUGAGGGCCCUUGGUUCCUAUGCUGUGGCCCUCGGACCCUAUGCUGUGUGCCGCCUGUGGCCCUCGGACCCUAUGCUGUGUGCCGCCUGUGGCCUUUGGACCCUAUGCUGUGUGCUGCCUGUGGCCUUUGGACCCUGUGCUGUGUGCCGCCUGUGGCCCUCGGUCUCUGUGCUGUGUGCCGUCUGUGGCCCUUGGUCUCUGUGCUGUGUGCCGCCUGUGGCCCUCGGUCCCUAUGCUGUGUGCCGCCUGUGGACAUCGGUCUCUGUGCUGUGUGCCGCCAUCUAUAGUUUUUCCAUAUUCCCACCAUCCACAAAUUUCUGAACAGAUUAGCAUUAUCCCUUCUUGUUCGAAUUUCACAGGAACUGAUUCCAGUCUUUAUAGUAAGUCACCAUCAUGGUGUAAAAUCUAUACCGGCCAUUGCCCCUUAUCCUACACCCCUGAGCUGCAGUGCUGCUUAUUUGACAUGACGUGUGCUGUUGAUCACAAUGGAGAUAAGGCACAAUGCUUUUCAUAGCUGUAAAUGAUAUUACCCCAGACACGGGACACGUGUACUAGUCAUAGCAGAUAAUGCCACUUAAUUGAAAAUAAACGCUGGUGGAUUAGUCAUUUGUGUUGCUGCAGGUGACGUGUACUCCCUGGCAGGAAACUGGUUUAUAUCAUGUGACAGACGUGGGGUUAUAAACUACAGUCUAGUGUUCUAACUUACUAUGUAGUAUGUUUCCAGGAAGUACUGUGUGUAAUGUGAGUAUUUAAUGCUGCAAGGUUCACCCUGUAGUGUGAGUGUUCUGCAGGCGUGGUAUAUAGUACUAUGGACUGUACCCUGUAAUGCCCGGGUCCUGCCGGCGCAGUAUAUAGUACUAUGGGAUGUACCCUGUAGUGUGCGGGUUCUGCCGGCAUGGUAUAUAGUACUGUGGGAUGUACCCUGUAGUGUGCGAGUUCUGCCGGCGUGGUAUAUAGUGCUAUGGGAUGUAACUUGUAGUGCGCGGGUUCUGCCGGCGCCGUAUAUAGUGCUAUGGGAUGUACCUUGUAGUGUUCGGGUUCUGCCGGUGCGGUAUAUAGUGCUAUGGGAUGUACCCUGUAGUGUGCGGGUUCUGCAGGCGCCAUAUAUAGUUCUGCCAAUAUGUUUAGGUCGUGCCUACAGUAGAGUUUUGCAGGGCUGUGUUUAUAUCGGUUACUGUAGAAACUGAAUGUUGUGCUGUGAGAACGCGGAAGCCGGCUGUGUGGUGAUUUUUUGGCAUUGCUGAGUUUUACGAACUCUUUAACACUUCACAGGGAGGGAACUCCCAAUAACAAGUUAUGUUUCCAUAGUACAGGAUUAUCACGGUCUGUUACAUCUGACCUGUUAUAGAAGCAUUUUCCAUUUGUAAGGGCAGGCAGGGGCAGCAACCAGGGAGCCUUCCUUUACUCUGGUGGUUGUACUUGUCAUUGUGUAUUGUUCCCACAGACUGGAACUCCUUAUCUGAGGUUGGUGAGUUUGCUGAAGGCGGAGGCUUGCUGUGCAGUGUGACAUGCUGUUGGUCUUCGUAUUAUAUUGGGUGCCCAGCUUAGCAGAGAUAGACCCCUUUGUCACAUAACAGACUGGAUCUAUAAAGCUGGCCCUUUUAAUACUUUAUUCAGGACUGGGGGCUGCGAGCUAUGUCUCUCUCUGUCCUGGAUUGCUGGAAACCUGCUUGGGAUUAGUCCCGUGUUUGCCAUUGUUGAAGAGGCUAGCUGACUGGAGAGCAGUGUUUGCCAGCCCUCUGUGCAUCUGCCACCAUUGGUAAAGUCCCGGCAAUCGGAUGGUGCACACAGACGACAAGCUAAAUGGCACCCAGGUAAACUGCCUUGUUAUAAGGUAGUCCGUUACCCAAAUCCAAGUAUGCCACCACUGUACUAGAGAUGUAACGACUCCCAACCUACGUUUCAGCCUCAUGCAUCACUGGGGUUCUGUCCCUCUAAACAUGCUAAAAGCUGGGUACCCUGCACCUCCACUCAGUGCACCCCCGGCACUCUCACUUUCCAGUGUUUGAUCCCUGAAGUGACAUGUCUGCUUACAUAGCAGUGCCUGGAGGGGGGCGGGCACUAUGCUUACCUAAACCUCUCUCUCCUACUCCCUACCGUCUUGGUGGUCCUGAUGGACCUAUCUGCCAGGAGCCACAUCUCAUUUUCCUGAGAACAGUAUGCAAGUACUAUAUUUCAGUAAGGUCUAAGGUGAGGAAACUCAGCCCACUGCCACAUUUAGCCAAAAAUUACUGUUUCUGUAAGUCUCAAACCAGGGGUAGCCUACAUAAUUUGUCCCUGUGGGCACCCUGUAUAAGGUCAAAUAAAAUGGAUCUUAUCCUGCGUGCCAGUUGACCACCAAGCAUCAUGCCACAAAUAAUGAAAAAAAAAAAAAAAAAAGCUGAGAAUCUCUAAUUGCCUGACUAUUCUAUUCUCUCUUUGUCUCUCUGCAAGGUUUCUCUCUGUGUAACUGAAAGGAUUAGUAGAUGCAGUGCAUUGCCUCUCCACAUCCUUUUUAAAGUGUCUAUCUGUAAAAAGACUGAAAAGGACUGGACAGUGGGACUUGCUGAUUUCCCUGCUCCCUUCCUUCACAGACCAUCAGCAUUAGACUCCGGUGCCCAGGUGUGACAGGCAGGUAAAUGUUGGCCAGGUGAGACUCUAAACAUAGAGCACAAUGCCGGCAGUCCUGAUGUGGGCCUCACCCCGCUCUGCUUCAAUUAUAUAAUAGCUGUGCGCAGGUCACUGCAAAUCCUCCUCUCCCUGCGUGGGCUUGGCCAACAAUAGCCGUGAAUUAGCUAUAUGGGGUGUGACAAAUUGUGCUCCCAUUGAAACUGUGUGUGUGUUUCUAUCCAGGUGAGGUUUAACCCCGGCCAUGCCAGACAGCCCUGCACAGGUUUCCAGGCCACAGAAGGAUGGCCUUGUACAAUGUAAUGUGUCCACACUAAACGCAGCCCUUGUUUACAAUAUCACUGUGCAAGCCAUCACACCGCUGCCCGUAGAGAGUGCGCCCUGAUUUGUAGUUCUCUAAACCUUUGGUUUUGUUCCAAACAUGUAAAGGAGCACAUUAAAAUGUUUCUUCCUAUUCUCAAUGAACUUGGUACCUAGGGUAAUUGGUGGAGAAUAUGGUCUCAGUUGUAUCGUUGUGUCCCUGGGGACUAUUGCUAGGCACCGAUUGUCAGUGGGAUUCUCCUAACCGAAUAUACACUUAGUACACGCAGACUGCUUCAUGGUACAGGAAGAUAAAACCUUGUUGUGUUAAGCAAGCACAGUUAUAAACAUGGAUAAUAAGCAAAGCGUGUCUUUAUGAAUUUUUAAAAUGGUUUUGAAAUACACUUUACUGUUUAUGUAGAUAAAAAAGACUGUAAAAUUGGUGUUCUUUGUUUUUGAUCAAAUGAUGAGGAUUAUUAAAGUAAUACAAUAGGCAAUAAAACAUCUUUAGCAUAUUUGGUGUAUAAAUCAUGCCCCUGCCGUCUCUCUGCUCAAUUCUCUGCCAUUGAGUUAAAUCACUUUAUUUAUACAGUCCUAGUCACAUCUCCCUCCAUGUGACUUACACAGCCUUCCUAAACAUUUCCUGUAAGUGGAGAUCUAAUGUUUACACUUCCUUUAUUGCAAAUUCUGUUUAAUUUUUAAUUUCUUAUCUACUCUGUUAGCAUGCAGGGGUCUCCUGUGUGUGAUUUAACUUCUUUUACUCUUAACUCAGUAAAGUGAACUUUAACAUCUGAUUGAAAAUGAAAGCAUUUUGGUUUUUCUGAGAGCUGUGUCAGUCACAGUCAGGGAAGGUGUAAAUGGCAGAGAAUUGAGUAGUGAGCCUGCAGGGGCAUGAUCUAUACACUAAAAUUGCUUCAUUAAACUACUUGUUUUGGUACCUAUAGUGUCCCUUUAAGUGUGUUAACACAAGACCGUCCAUGGGAAAUAAAGGAGGGCUGUUUGUGCUAAUCUAUUUGUGCUAAUUGUUCUACCAGACACUGUACAACAUGGCAAGGUUACUGGGAUUACCAGCAAUUUCAGGUCACUGACCCAAACUGAUCUGCAGAGCGAACACCCAGAUCCCACUGUGUACCUUCCACAUCCUGGCUCUGGUCAUACUCAGACACUUUCCCUAAAGGUGUUAACCUAAAUCGCCAAUCAUCGCUUGUUCUGUCUUUUUUAAGUCAGACAGGGACGUGAAUGAUGGCUGUGUUUGCCUCCGCUUCCCAGUAGAGAUGGUAUUGGCGGACACUAUAACAUCCUGUGGCAAACGUGUGAUGCUAUAUCCAGAUUUUUAUCUUCCUCCGCAUGUUUCGUUUCUGUGAAAAGUAAAUCUCUGCCAAAUAAUGAGCCUCAACCUGCAGCAGCCUGAUAACGUGUUCUGCAAUGAAUAAUCUGUGUGUGUGUGUGUGUGCGCCAGUCAGUCCACUGAAAGCAAACAUUCUCUGACAAUGGCUUAAAAUGGACAGAGUGAUUUCCUUACUGGAAAGAGCAAGAGAACCAGGAUUUGACAGUGAUUUUAUAUAUAUAUAAUUUUAUGAGAGAAAUGUGCUACUUCUUUUAUCAAGGUAUCACAGCUAGGGAUUCUGGGUAUUAACCCAUAUUAACACCGUAUACAGAUGCACGUUAUAUAAUCAUAUAUAGUAUUAUUUUCUGCCACAUUGAGUCUCUAUGCAGGUACAAUCUUGGAGGUGUGUUUAAAAUACUGAAUUAUCAAUGGUUUCCCCAUACAAUAUCUACGUUUCAGCACCUGCUUUGUAUUGUUUUAUCAUUUGUGAAACUUGUGACUGAUGUCUGACUCUCUCCAACAGAUGAAAAUCUCGUUCAAUGAGCAGAACAUACACACCAUGUUUGAAUAUCCCUCUGAAACUUCGUUGGCUGAGGAUGAUGAGAGUGCUGAAGAGUCUGGCUCAGAUUCUGAGGAUGACCAACCAUCCAGCCCCUUUCUACCACGCCCAACGUUUGUCAGCAGCGGGACGAGCAGUAACACCCUCCGCACCAACACUUCAAACUCAGGUAAACUGACCACAGGUCUGGAUAGGAGGUGAAACUCACCUGCUGAUUUCAUACCGAUACACUGAACGGUCUAUUGGCAGCCGGCGUGUGUGAUGGUCACCUGUAUAGUGUAUAGGAGCAGGUUUAAUGUAAGAUAAGAGGUAUGGGGGGUUAUUAACAGAUAAUGUACAUAUCGCAGCUGUCUCCUGUAUAGGAGAUAUCAUUUACAAGAAUAUCUUAAUGAUUGACUGUGAACGACUUCAGAUCUGGGUUCGUGGAAUAAUCUGCGAUCAUGAUGUUCAGAACAGGUUGCCGCGUAACCUGUCGCCACACCUGUUUCCGCGUUCCCACAGACAGUGUUUAUAGUUACGUUAUGUAACACUGAAUUCAUUACAAAGUGUCUAAUGGUAAUUAUCACUGAGUCAGCAUCCUGGCCGAUCUGUGGGCUGUGAUUGGGAGCCAUGUAGAAAUCAGGAAAUAGAGAGAUAGGGGUGUGGGUGUAUAAAUGUAUGCCUUAUUAUCUUGGCAAUCAUGACUUGGUCGUGAAAGUGUUAAAUCCGUGUGUCACAUGUCCUGUUGAAUAAGCACUUUUAGAGACCGUUUAGUGAUGGCUCCCUCCACCUCCUGUACUAAAAUAUGUUUUCCCUGCGGCAGCAGAGCUCUCGCUUCAAAGCUUGGCUUGUUGACAUAACAUUUCAUUUCGUCAAAUGGGUUCCCUUGUGUGGAAUGUUUCCUUAAAUUGCUUUAACCCCAACAGUAAACACAGCGGAACAAUCAGCGAUGUGUUUCAGGAACAGCCCGAUUGCACAAACUUGUUUACUUCUUUGGAAAACUUGUCUGUAAUCGUCAUCUCUCCUGCUCUCUGUAAUAUUGCUGUAAGGUGUCGACUUGUCUUUAUAACAGCAAGAGAUCCACUAAAUGGGCAGGAAAUUGUGGCUUUUAAUGGUUAAUCUUACAGGAUACAGUGUUUUUGUUUGUGGAUCAGUAAAACACAUUAAUUAUGAAACAGGUGUGUUUAUAAAAAACACUCCAGGCUGGAAGUUAUAAUGCAUUAUAAAUAUAGGCAAAAACUGAAGAGGAGCCUCUUAUUCCAGUGUGUUUGGUCUGAUUUGUGUCUUCCAGUGGAUCUGUUAAAUAAUUGGUUUGCAAAGCUACUGUGGCUGCUUUCAGUGGGACUGGCCAGUACUGUGACCCACCAACCUGCAGUAUUAUACACACAGCCGCAGCUUGAGACCUAGAACUAGACUUGAUAAGGUUUUGUAGAAAACAAUAAAGCUGCAUCUGUUAACCAUCCUGCACCAAAGGGGCCAGAAUAGUGCUGUAAGCCCCUUGCAGAGAAACUGGGACCCGCUUAUACCAUAAAAUCUCCAAUGAUCAGUUUUUAUUUCUGCACAGUUGUCUACGUGUGGAUUUAGCACAGUUUAGAAAUUCCAUUUCAAAGUCUAAUUUGCUGAGAUUUUAUUAUCUAAGAACUGGUUAUUGCUUAAUGGCACUGCAUGCUUCUUGAAGGAACAGGUUACAGCCCUAUUAAAGAAGUGUGUGCUUGCUUUUAUGUCACGUGCUAUUUACUGAUGUACAUGGUACUGAUCACAGCAUUCUUGGCACGGUUAUGUCAUCCCUCCAGAUUCUGGUGAAUGAAAUCCUUUGGUCUUUAGAUUGUAAGCUUUUUGUGCACUGUCCUUACGUAUUGUACAGCAUGGUCGAACCAUGGUUAUCGUUGGAGUUUCCUAGUGCUGUCCCUCCAUUCAGAGUUAAACAUGUUUUUAGCUGUUUAUCGUUGAAUGAUAGUCCCUGACCCCACUGGAGGUGGGGCCAUACCAGUUCAUACCAGCAAUGGGCACUGUGAUAGAAUGAAAGCUGUCAACUGACUUACAGCCAAUCACAGCCGCCGGCUAAUACUUGCUCAUUAACCCAAGCACCCGAGGGCCGUACUGCUGGGGACUCUUGUUUAGCAUUAUCACAUUGAAAACCGUUUAACACUGAAUGACGAAGCCGUACCAGGGGACUCCAGACAGCUUUGCUGAAACAUUGGGAUUUGAGUUACAUUUUUAUUUUGCUUUGGUGUCCCUUGUCUAUCACACCAUUACUUUGUAUUAUUUGUUUUUUCUCUGAUAAGUAUUAGUCUGCCUUUCUUGUUUUUGAAUAUUUGCAUUUUUUUAUGACCAUUUUUUCAGGGAUCGGCCGAUUUUCGGUAUUUUCGGCAAUAUCUGUAUCGGCCAAUAAAGAUACCGAUGUUGCAGAUAAUACAUACCAGGACCGCCAGGCCCAUUACAAGCCCGGCUGUCCUGGGGAGCCCAGCAGCUCCCCUGUGUAAAUCUCGUCCCACGGCCGUCAGAGCGUUGCCAAGAUUUCCAUGGCCACUCUCCACGCGUCACGCAGGCCGCAGGAUUUACACAGGGGAGCUGCAGGGAAGGUAAGUAAGAGCCUGCUGCUGGGCCCCCACUGUAGAGUACAUGCCACCGGACCACCAUGGAAUGCCACAGCCCCCCUCCCUGGCCAAGUAACAAGCAGGGAGGGGGGACAAAAAAUAAUAAUUACAUUUUUUCACAAUUUUUUUUUUAAUAAAAAAUGCCCCCCUUCACCCAAAUUACAUACCUACAGAAACACACACUGCCUUAUAUAAACACACUGCAUACUCUGCAUUCAUUAUAUACACACACUACACAAACACCCUGCAUUCAUUAUAUACACACACUACACAAACACCCUGCAUUCAUUAUAUACACACACCCUGCAUUCAUUAUAUACGCACACUACACAAACAUACACACUGCAUUUAUUAUAUACACACACUACACAAACACACACACACACUGCAUUCACUAUACACACACUACACAAACACACACUGCAUUCACUUUACGCGCACUACACACACACACACACACUGCAUUCACUAUACCCACUACACAAACUCUGCAUUCAUUAUAUACACACUACACAAACACUGCAUUCAUUAUAUACACACUACACACACACUGCAUUCAUUAUAUACACACUACACAAACACUGCAUUCAUUAUAUACACACUACACAAAUACACUCUCUGCAUUCAUUAUAUACACACUACACACACACUGCAUUCAUUAUAUACACACUACACAAACACACUCUCUGCAUUCAUUAUAUACACUACACACACACUGCAUUCAUUAUAUACACACUACACAAACACUGCAUUCAUUAUAUACACACUACACAAACACACUCUCUGCAUUCAUUAUAUACACACUACACAAACACACUCUCUGCAUUCAUUAUAUACACACUACACACACACACUGCAUUCAUUAUAUACACACUACACACACACUCUGCAUUCAUUAUAUACACACUACACACACUCUGCAUUCAUUAUAUACACACUACACACACACUCUGCAUUCAUUAUAUACACACUACACACACACUCUGCAUUCAUUAUAUACACACUGCACACACACUCUGCAUUCAUUAUAUACACACUACACACACACUCUGCAUUCAUUAUAUACACACUACACACACACACUCUGCAUUCAUUAUAUACACACUAUACACACUCUGCAUUCAUUAUAUACUCACUACACAAACACUGCAUUCAUUAUAUACACACUACACAAACACACUCUCUGCAUUCAUUAUAUACACACUACACACACACUGCAUUCAUUAUAUACACACUACACACACACUGCAUUCAUUAUAUACACACUACACAAACACACUGCAUUCAUUAUAUACACACUACACACACACUGCAUUCAUUAUAUACACACUACACACACACACACUGCAUUCAUUAUAUACACACUACACACACACUGCAUUCAUUAUAUACACACUACACACACACUCUGCAUUCAUUAUAUACACACACUGCAUUCAUUAUAUACACACUACACACACACUGCAUUCAUUAUAUACACACACACUGCAUUCAUUAUAUACACACACACUGCAUUCAUUAUAUACACACUAUACACACACACUGCAUUCAUUAUAUACACACUAUACACACACACUGCAUUCAUUAUAUACACACUACACACACACUGCUCCCCUGUCUAAACACACUGCAUCCACUACACGUGGCAUGUAUAUUUUGUGCAUUUACCUUUAGAAAUAGUUAAUUUUUUUUCAAAAUGGUAAAUGUACAGAAGUUCGGCAAGUUAUCGGCUAUCGGCCUGAAAGUUCAGAUUAUCGGUAUCUGCUCUAAAAAAAUCAUUAUCGGUCGAUCCCUACUAUUUUUGUUUUUGGGUAUUUGCUUGUCAUUAUAUUUCUUUACUUGAGUUUGUUGUAUAUACAUUAUGACUAAUUUAUGUAUAGCGUACUGUUUGUCAUUCUAUUCCGUCUGAUACGUGGAUUAUGUGUAUAUUACUGCAUUCAUAUAACAUAUAUUAAUCUAACCAGGGCCGUCUUUAAUAUUGAUUGGGCCCUGCCCACGCCGCCUUCCCCCUCACUCCCUGGCAUGCAAUCAAGCCCUCCAUUUCAACGCAGUGACGGACUAAAGUUACAUUUUUGUGGGCCCCCCUAUUCAAAAGGGUGGCCAGAAGGUAGAUCCCUAUCUGUCGUGCUGCUCCAACAAUGCUUUGACAGCUGGGGCUCUACCAUUUCCCCAUGUUUGCAGGAUUGUAUUUAGCACUGAGCCGUAUUGGUGUGUUGGAAUGGAAGCUGUUUUUGUAUGGAGUAUGUUUGUGUGAAUGGGUAGGGGUGUGUUUGUAUGUGCCAUUUGAAUGCAAUCAUGCAUUUAUGUGUAGUGUUGGUGAAUGUAGAAGUGUGUUUCUAUAUUAUUGGUGUUUAACACCAAAAUGUGUGUGUUUGUAUGUAGUGUUGGUGUAUCAAUGCUGAGAUGUAUGCACAUACACUGCUACACACACACUGUGAUACACACAGAUACACACUGACACACUUGCAGAUACAGAUUGACACACUGACACACUUGCAGAUACAGACACACAACAUGAGACACACACCACCUCCCUCUCUGAUGGGAGUGAGGAGCUACCUCCUUCUCUUCCUCCCUCCCGGGUGGCUACUUCUGCCCCCUCCCGCACGACUCUUCUCUUUAUGGGAGAAAGCUCCUCGCUGAGGCUGAUGGGAGUGAGGAGCUCACUGCCUCCUUCUCUUCCUCCCUCCCGACUCCUCUCUUUAUUAGAGAAAGUGACUCGUGGGCCCCCGGCUGGUGGCAAUGGCGGGGGGAAAAAAAUCUUGAGGGCAGCGGGGCCCACAGGGCAGACGCUUUGGUCCCCCUGAAGUCACUAGGCCCGGGGCAGCUGCCCUGUUUGCCCCGUGUUAAAACUGCCUUAAAUCUAAUACAAUUUGGUAACAUUUCAUGGGGUGUGCUGCUUAUUCAUUCUCUACAGAUAUCCGCAGACUAUUGGGAAUAGAGGGAACAUAUAUAUGUGUUUUCUACUUUGUCUGUAUUAUGCCAUCCUUGUUAAUUAUUAGACUGUGGACACUCUAACUGUUUAAUCUCAUUAAAGUGGUUAUAGUCUUACCCCCUGUGACUGGUAGAUAUCUAAAUGUCCUCUCUCUUUCUACAGGUCUCUCCAGCUACACCCCCAAACACUCCGUAGACUACAGCAAAUGGCAGGAGGAGCCCUCCAAGGGGGGACCAGCAUCUGGGGACAGUACAUCACCCCAAGAAGAGAUGGUAAAUAUUCUGUCAUUACAGUUAAACCCUCGUGCUACGUGUAGCUAGUCUCUAGGUAAACACAUGGGUUAGGGAGGAUAAGUUACCCACAAUGCAUCUGGUUCUGUACAGUGUGACGUGGUAAGUCUGCAGUUUUCAUUUCAGUCCGUUUGGGGUAUGUGCACCCUAAAAUAUAGAAAGGAUUUCCCGACAUUAGGCUGGACAUUAUACAGGUGAUGUCUCGUCUUUAGGCUACGACCAUGUAGUGUCUGCAUAUAAUGGCAGCUUUGUCAUUUGCUGAUAUUUAUUUUUUUGAGGGACAACUAAGAUUCAAAGUGUCUUGGGGAGCAUAAACAAACAAAAGGUGGGACUCAGGAAGUGAAGCUUGCCUUUUGUCAAGUGGAGGUAAAAUACACAAGUUAGUCCCUAGUUUUGCUAUUAUGUAUUUUACGAGAAGAUCAAAAUCUAUGCAGAGAAAGAUGAGGAAUCUUAGAAAGGCAAGUUUGGUGUGACUGAGCCACUUUUAAGGAACGCUAUAGACACCCAGAUCAUUUCCGCUUAUUGCUGGGUGCAGUGUCCCAAUCCCACUUAGUCCGGCAAUGUAAAUCAUGUUUUUGAAAAACUGCAAUAAUUACAUUGCAGGACUAAGUCUGCCUUCUAGCGGUUGUCAGACAGACAUUACAGGCACUUCCUGCUUGCUAGGCGACUUUUGGUCACCUGACGCUGGAUGUUCUCAGUUAAAGGGACACUAUGGUCACCAGCUUAUUGAAUUUGUUCUGUUGAGUAGAAUAAUUACCUUCAGGCUUUUUGCUGUAAACACGGUCUUUUCAGAGAAAAUGCAGUGUUUACAUUACAGCCUAGUGAUAACUUCACUGGCCAUUCCUCAGAUGGCUGUUAGAGAUCCUUCCUGGGUCAUGGCUGCCUAAAAUGCAUCCAAACAUUCAGUAUCUCCUCCCUCUGCAUGCAGACACUGAACUUUCCUCAUAGAGAUUCAUUGAUUCAAUUCAUCUCUAUGAGGAGAUGCUGAUUGGCCAGGGCUGUGUUUGAAUCAUGCUGGCUCUGCCCCUGAUCUGCCUCGUUGUCAGUCUCAGCCAAUCCUAUAGGGAAGCACUGUGAUUGGAUCAGGCUGGCACUUCUGAUGAUGUCAGCAGACUGCUUGUUAUUCUGAGUGAUCCUUUAAAUCCAUAUAGGAAAGCACUGAAGGGCCGGGACAUGGGGGACAGAGUGAACUAUAGUGUAAGGAAUACAGAUUUUACAUUCCUAGCAUUUUGCAGAUAUAGGCUUGUUUAAUCCUCAGAUAUAUCAUGUGCUCUAUUAUUUUGUUUUUUCACAGCUCACCCCGGCAGACAGUAACUCCCUCUCAGAUUUCCGUAGUGAGCCGGCACUGUACUUCUAGAACUUUCUGUGUGAGAAUCUGUGUACAAAAUACUCCACGUUAGCACCUUUACCAUUGUCAUCACUGCCUCAGCCACAGGAUUUAAUCAUCACAAACUAACCGGAUCCCAAGGCAAUAGCAGACAUCACAUUGACGAUGCUGCAAAGGAUUCUGGAUUUCCUGCAUUAUGUGGCUUGAAGACUAACUUAUAAUACUCCUGGAGGGAGAAUCGGGAGCUCCUGCUUAAUGCAGUUUACCAUCCCUCUCCAAAGAAUAUCGAUCUACCUGAUAGACGUGUAUUUCAGAAAUGGACCAUCCUGCAUGGCAGCUUAUUGGGCUUUCUUUAACGAUGCAAUCGGUGACGCUCUGCUAAUUAUAUUAAUUGGCGAGAUGCGUUUCUGGAUUUGUGGCGGAUGUGGUUUGGCUCAGACCUACCUAGCACUUUGUGUGAGCGAGAGAUGGCUGUUUCUAGUGGUUUACAGAAUGAUUGAAACCUGGCGUGUUGAAUCUCAGCAUCUGCCUCGAAUUAUAAGCACGAACAGAGAUACCUGUGGUAUACAGGCUAAUAUAUAAUCUAUAGUGGAAUUAUUUUAUAGAAAGUUUAAAAUUGAAACUAUGAAAAAUCACUUUAGUGACAUUGCACAAUUAUAGUCAAGUUAUAAUUAGAGAUUUAUAGAUAAUUUAAGCAGUAUGAACUGGAUGCUAAACAUCUUUAGAUGUCGGUGCUCUCCCGGUCUUAUCAUAAGACAUCUGGAUUUCGUUAACACUCCAUAAUCUCUCGUCUCUGCCGCAGGUUUCCUGCCAAAGAAUUAGGGGGCUUUUAUCUCAAUUUCAUAAAUAACUGAACGUGAUCGCUUUCCAUCUUAAUGACAUGAAUUUGAAGUGUCUGUCGCCAUGGAGCCUGGUACAACACUCCAUUUGUUUCCAGGGUGAUAGUUUAGAAUUCUCUUCCAUGCUGUAAAAGUGAAUGGUUUUGUACUGUAUGGUAAUACCAGCUAAUGUUGCACUUUUAGUUUUUAUCGGCUUUACCCCUGUGGCUGGUAACCUGCUAAACUGGAAAAUUGUAGAAAAUUUAGAAAAUUCACAUUUUAGGUAAGAAUUGCCAAGUUAGACAGUUUUUCCUAAUUUUGUGACUUGUCCCCAGUGAAUAGCCCAAUUGUGUUCGCCAAGUGCCCUUGUGAGGAGUGUUCCUCCUGGUUUCCUGUUGAUCAGGAGAUUGGGCAGAGGUUGGGGGUCAGUCCCCCAUUUCUCUCAGAGCACUUGGUGCAAUCUAUGUUUGCGAUUUAAAUCAGACCAAUGUGACACUCCUUGGCAGUGUGCCGAACUCCACAAUAAUUAAUGCACUCUGAGUCAGUCGCAAUGUAUUAAUCUCACUCUGUGACUUACUCUGCUCCCUGGUUUCCAAAUCAAGUACUGGGAUGAAACAGUCCUGCUAUUACUCGUAUUUAUACUUUAUAGAUGUUGUACCGCUUGAGCACAGCUUAACCAAGAUUGAUUUAUUUGUGUAUAUCACUACCUGUUUAUAUUUAAGGUGCAGAAUUUGACUCUGUGCCAUUUAUCUCCCUUUGGUACCAAUACUGUUCUGUGGACAUGGAUUCAUUGUAUAUUCCCUACACACACACACAAAAAAAAUCAACCCCAAUUUUUUUUGUAAUGUCCAUAAAGCGCAUAGGACCCAUUGGAAAUUCCCAUUUUCACAGAUUGGUUUUGUAUUUGAAUUCACUUUGUCACACACAGUGUACGCACUAUAUUUACACACAUUUUAUACAGCACCAGUGAUGCUAAAUCCACAAAGCAAAGGGCGAAGAGCAACAUAAAAAUAGCUGUGUCUCGCCACACCCUAAGGUGGUGAUAUACCGUCCCUAGAUGCAGUUCCCUUGUGUGGAUUUCUCUGAAUGUGUUUUACAGAUGGAUCUCGCGUUUGUGAGCACACUGAACGUGUCAGCAAGGCCACGGCACGCUGGUAGUCCUCCACAAAUUCUCAGUUUAGGGACUGAAUGCCAAAGGACUUGCAUUUUAGGCUAAAACUGGGAAAUGUGCAACUUUUUGUUAAUUUUCCAGAGUUCCUGUACACAGUCAGUGAUAUUUCUAGUUCCAGUUAAUAAAAUCUGGCAAUAGCAGGCAGUAUUAAAUACACUGGGCGUCGCUCCUGCUAUUGGCUGGCUGUCACCGACGUUGCUGAUAAGAUUACAGGUAGACUUCCAAAGAAGCGUUUUCAUCCUAUUAGUACAAACCACAAGGUAUGUUUAUUUAGGUCAUGCUUUACCUACCAUGCAUGAACCAUUUUACGUAAAAAUCCGCUCGUCAUUGUAUCCAGCAGCAAAUAAAAUCAGUUCCAUCCCGGCCGGUCUGUGCGUGAUAACCUGACCUUUAAUCUCCUAUAGACUUGAAACGACACAAAUGGCACUCGCUGGUAAGAACAUGUGAUCUAAGCCAGACUGAAUAACCUAUUGCCACUAUACCCAUCGCCUCUCACUGCCCUGGCUUUAUGUUCACUAUUUAAAACUAUUUUGCACUUGAUUUCAUGAAGUUUGAGUAUGUAAUAUAAUGUAUAUGUAAGCAAAGUAAUCUUUAUCAUCAGGUGUUUUCCAUAUUAGCCAUUUCGUAAUGUGGCCAAAUCUUUAAUGGGUCUCCCCAUACACUUGUUUUUGUGUUAAAUGUUUAUUUUCCUUUUCUGGUUCAUUAAUCUGUUUUGUAAACUGUUAUAGCUUAAUUUCAGACUUCUUCCCAGAUUUCGUUAACUAGAUUGAGCUGUAAAAAUAAAGUUUAAUAAAUAUUUUCACUGCAGGUUAAAAGUGGAACUUGUGUGUUUCUCUGUGGAAACUAUACAUGAACAAUAUAUUGUACAAUCCUGUCAUCACCAGAUAUUUUACUGCCCACAUAAAUCAAUUUUUCCAAUAUAAGAACCUGUAGUGACAGGUUUAUAUAUUUACGUCAAAACAUUAAAUUAGGUGUGCACAUUCUUCCCUUGUUCUGAUUACAGAAAAUGUUACGGUUAGGCGUAAAAACCAGCUUCCUGGCUCGUCUGACUCCCCUGAUCUCCAAUGCCCCACAUGCCCUCUGCUGGUCACAUCCGUGAGGCCUGCAUCAUACGAAUGAAAGUCUAUAUGUUAACCUGUAUUUUUUAGCAGUUCUUGGGUGUGUUCUGUGUAACCUUGUUAUCAAUAUCUGUUUCCUGGCCCCGUUCUAGUGCUGUAUAAAAAGGUCUGAAGGAUGCAGUAAAAUAUGCACCCUAUACGUAGUUAUUUUGGCAUACAGUGCUUAAAAUUCGAAAGCCUUCCUCUUUUUCUCUGGUACGUAACAGACACCAUAGUACAUUGCAUGUACGAUGUUCUGAUCUACCCCCAAAACAUGGCUUACUCUGUGUCUAUAGAACACACAACCUGUUAUUCCAACAGACAUCACAUUCUCAAAUCCCUUUGUGUACGGAGGAUAACUUUAACGCACCAGUUAUGCACAUGCAGCUCUGCCUAAGAAUGGUGGGAGUUGCCAUUAAUUCAGUAUGUCUCCCGGUACAGAUAGACAGAAUUACAAUUUCUUUCUCCCCUGUGCCUCACCCAUCUUAUCACAAAUGGGAAAACAACUGAAUUAGGGAGGGCAGCUGCUUCCUAUUACGCUUACAGCUCGGCAUGUGUUUGACUGAGAGACUGGAUCUAACAGGCAAAUAUAAGGAAAGCAAAUACUAAAAGAACAAGCGUCUAACUAGACUGUAGAAAGGCUGGAUUAAAUGGACACUCCAAGUACCAAGACCCCUUCUGCCUAUUGGAAUGGUCUGGGUGCCAACUCCCACAACCCUUAACCCUGCAAGUGUAAUUACUGCAUUUUUAUUUUAUAAAGUGCAAUAAUUACCUUGCAGGGUUAACUCCUCCUCUAGUGGCUGUCUACUAGACAGCCACUAGAGGGCACUUCCUGCUUCAUAGCACAGAAAAACUCACACUGUGUAAGGACCUCCAGUGUUGCUCUAUUCCCCAUAGGAGAGCUUUCCUAUGGCUAAUGCGGAUGAGCGGCAUUGCCCAGCAUUAGGUCUCCUCAGCUGGCUGACUUAAUUAGGAGGAGGCGCGGCAGUGACCCGAAACCACCGCCGAAGGACAGCAGGGGGUCUCAGGUAAGUAAUUGAAGGGUUUUUCACCCCUUCAGCAACCGCGGAUGGGUGGUGGGAGGGAGAGGGUUUUCCUGGCACUGGAGAGUCUCUUUAAACGCACCAAGAAUAGUACAAGACAAGCCGAGGUUAGGGUUACAGAAUAAAGGUAAGAAAAAAGCCAAAAGGUCAAAGACAAGCGAAGGUCAAAUAUGUGCCUGCCCUACUCUAGCUGUGUGAAACUCCCAAGAUCUAGGAUCCCCUAAAGCCAUUCAAAACCAUGUAAUAUAAAAUCCUUCCAUCUUGUAGUUUGAUUUACACACAGAUCUCAUGUUGAGGUAAAAUGCAACCUACUGGGGAUAACAUAUCAUGGGUGAGCCUAUAAGUAACAGGGAAACGGAUGGAGUGUAAAAUAACUUUGUAUAAAAAUAAGCAUGUCCCUUCAGUUUGAAUACAACUCCAAAUAGCAUAAAGCUUGUUUAACCAGCCACCCACUCACCGAAGAGAACACAUAACUUAACAAUUCAUUGGGAUCAGUUACAUCGCGUUCUAAACAAUAACAAAUCAUUGUGGGCCAUUGAAUAAAGCUUUAAUAAAUAAGCAGGCAGGAUAUGGAGUUCAAUGAAGACGGUGGAACUGAUCAUGAUCCAGGCUUAGUUCACUCUGCAAGCCCGGAUCAUCAGGAGCUGAAGCAGAAUGAAUAUAGGAGACAGGAUGAGUCCGUACCACAGCUCCUUGGUGUUUCCCACUAGUUUCUGACAGAGAAGCAUCUCGAAGACAAAUUUAAGGCUGAGUAUGGUGAGAAUCCAGAAGAGGCGCAGCACGGCUUGACGCUUGUCCUCCUGGAAGAGUCGCACUGUCACUAUAGUAGUAAAAUAGGUGCUGAGCCCAUCGGCAGCAAACAAUGGGAUGAACACGUUCCACCAGCUGAGGGCCUGGGCCACUCCGUCCACUUUGAGAGCCACCAGCACAGAGAAUAUGAGCAGAGACGAAACAUGAAUGAAAAUUUCAAACUGGGCGAAUCCCAACCAUUGCACCAACUCACGCAGCGAGAACAGCAUGGUGCUGGCAGAUAGGCUGCAGGCAGCGGGUGGUUACACGGACACCGAGGCAGUUACUGAAAUCAGAGAGACAGCUUGUAUUAGCAGAGAAAUCCAACACAGUAAUUCAGUAGGUUUAAAAACACUUCCUGUAAUUUAAAUGGAGAAAGUGCUGCACAAUGUGAUGUUUCCAUGUUACAGAGGGAAAACGGGAAACGUUACGGAAUCCUGCACUAUAGAAAUACUAUCCCUAUAGAAAUCUUUUCAUCCUUUACACAUGGACAUGGAAUAUCUA